AUGCCUCCAAAGGCUCCUGUGACACCUGGAGAAAAAGCUGCAGCAAAACGGCUGCAGAAGAAGGUUGAAAUGGCAUCCGCACACUCUGCUCAAGCAGCCACCCCUUCCGAAAUUGAAACCUCAGAGAGCGUUGGUAGUAGGGCCAAUACGUUAACACAUCUUGUGUGGAACGGCAACAACACAAUCAAUCUCCUCAGUCAACAACCUCAUAUCCAAGUAAUUCUUCAUGCUGCCAUUCAGCUUGUCGAACGAGAGCUGGUAUUUGAGUGCUACUUUCCACGACCGAAACAUCGCCACACCAUGAUGGUCAACUUAGUACUUGAAGCCGCAUCAUCAGCAGAGCAUAAAGAAGUCUUACAGCGCUUGGAACAAGACCAAGCUUACAUGAAAGCUUUCACCAGAGUGCCAGAUGGGCGUAUUGGGUUGAUUCGCAAGAAACUCAAGGAGAUUUCGGAUCGCGUCGUUCCUGGUGCAUAUGGGGUCAAGACGGGUGAUGACGAGAAGAUCAACCGCCUGCUCAAUCUCCUGACUUUCAUUUACAAGUUUGACACCAAGGGCAAUCCCAUCUUGAGUCAGCCAUUUGACCAUCCCGCUAUCAACACUGUAUGCCAGUUAGCCUUUUUUACGAGUCAGGACCAGGUUGGGAAGAAGUAUAAGGAUCGGUUUGUCUCUGUGCUUGAUGACAACGAUGAACCCGAGAUCCCGAGUGCCAUGGUCUCAGCUGUGGUUACUGCGAUUUUUUCUUCCCUACUUGAUCUGAAGUCCGUUGUUGAUGUAGGUCGCGAGCGUGGUGAUUUCGGGCAAAGUCUCAUCGGCAUGUUUGACAACAAUAUGGAAAUGCUCAACGGAAUCUACACCAAGGGCCCGCAUGUUUACCAUUCUCUCAUGGCUCGAAAAUACAAGGCUGUUAGCAAUGUGGUUGACUUUGCAUCCGCCAAGUUGAAAGCAGCAUUUGCGCGAAUCGAUUUCGAUGGGAUGAAAAGUCAGAAAAUUUCAGAAAAUCUUAUGAAAUCUUCGCGGGAGGUUUUCCCUGAUGGAGCAUGCGCGGUCGAAUCGGCCAAACAUGGAGCAAUUGGUUUAAUAUUGCAUUACUUUGGAGACCAGGAAACCGAAGUGGAGCUUCAGUCUUUGAAAGAAGAAAUAUAUGUGACGACUCACAAUCACUGUCAAGUAGUCGGUGUGCCCGGUGAUAUCGCGAAUUCGGAAACUUCACAAAAGAUCGUCGAAGCAGGCGUCGAAGCGUUCGGACGAAUCGAUGUGCUCGUCAGUAAUGCGGGAAUUUGUCCAUUCGCUGAGUUCUUGACGAUGCCCCAUGCUAUAUGGGAACGUACCCGACAAGUAAAUUUGGAUGGAUCCUUUUACGUGGUGCAAGCGGUGGCAAAUCAAAUGAAGAGCCAGGUCCCCCAAGGCGGGUCUAUCAUCGGUCUGGCUUCCAUUUCAGCGCUCGUGGGUGGUGGAUUCCAAUGGUUCGUAUCUUGA